AUGUUAUCCGAUGUUGACGUGUUUAUUAGCAACUACACACUAGUAGAUCCCGAAGUGUAUCAACUUUGGGUUGAUGGGUAUUCAUCUAGUGAUGCAGUUUCCCUUCUAAAUCAGCGGGGAAUAUGCCAACAAACAAAUGCUCCAAUUGAGCUUGUAGCAUCCGACAUAUUGGAUCAUUACCGUACUUAUUCUCUUCUUGAAAGAUUAAUUCACACACCAACGAAAUUAGCUAGUGAACAAUUAGCGUUUCAAAUUGAACCACAAACUAGCCAAAUGUUGAUAGAAAUGUACUAUGAAUUCGAUGACUGUGUAAUCCGUGAAAUAUUAGGUAAAAAAUUAACUUCCAAAAGUAGAAAAGACUUGGAUGAAGUGGCUGAGAAAACAGGAAUUACAUUAAAAAGUUGUCGAAGACAAUAUGACAAUGUUAAAAGAGUUUUCAAAGCUGUAGAAGACUUAUCUGGUUCUCUAGUUACUAACAUAAAACAACAUUUCUUGCUUCCGGAUGAUUUAGCUAAGCGGUAUGCAGCAGUAGUAUUUAUAGCUUGUUUAAGAUUUGAAAUGAGCAAACGAAAAUUACAAUUUUUAACAUUUCCGGACCUUUAUCAUUGUGCAAAUAUUAUGAUGUCGUCAUGGACCUAUCGCUAUACAGGCUCAGAAUAUUUCGAUACAGAUUUAGAUAGAGAAUUUCUCGUGGAGCUGUCAGAGUGUAGAGUACUGUUAGAAAAUGACAAACAUCAUAAGUAUUUGGUAUGUAUAAAGUUGAAGCCAACUCUUUUAGAAAAGAUGUUUCAAGAGUUAGAUUUAAACUUUCGUAAUUACUCUCGAGCUUUGUUGGGAAUUGGUUGUAAUCUACAUCGUUCAAGAGAAUUAAGAUUUUUCUUCCUGGAACUAGUAGAACGAUGUAUAGAACCAUGGCGCCAAGUAAAUUGGUCGCAUACAGACUUAAAAAAUUUUUUAAAUGCUUAUACACAAUGUGCGCUCGAUAUGGAUGUUUUGAGAGAAGGUACACUGCGAGACGCAUUUGAACGAUAUAUGAAAGUUGUUACGAGCUGUUUAUUACGAAUGUACCAUCCAUGA